UCAAAUAUUACCUUGAGUUUCAAGAAUAUUCUAAAACUUCUGAAACUGGUGUCACUAGUAUAUACAAUGUUUUUGGUUGGAAACCAGAUGAUGCUAAAAAUGCUUUUAGAAUUUCUAAUAUCCAAUAUGCUUAUGGCGAUUCUGGAACUAUUUGA